AUGGUAGUCGCCAGUGACAAUUCGUGGGUCAUUCCAGACGUCAAAACGGACGAGCUUGCUGGUCACAAGAAGUUCCCAUUUGGCAGCAAGGAAUUGGAGAUCGUAGAGAAAAGCAUCGAUACUUGUUUCCUGAACGGAUUGUGCGAGCGGCGUAAGAAACCGAUCAGUAAAAUAUUCCGAGACGUAGUUUAUCAGCCAACUUUGGAAGACAUUAAAGAAGUGGACGGCGAAGAUUUGGCCGAAGUAGAGGACAAAUUUGACUUGACUUUGUCAGCCAUUCAUCGCGAAAGAGCUUUAAAUUCAGGCUGUUUUUCCAAGGACGAAAGUCGCAAGUAUCGCAAGAAAAAAUACAUGAAAUCACAGCACCCUAUCGAACGACGGCCAAGAUCGCAAACUGUUUAA